AUGGUAGAGUUUGCCAUCAACAACUCGGUGCAUGCGUCCACGACACAUACACCGUUUUACGUGAAUGGCUUGCGCCAUCCGCGUGUACCCACCUUACUAGAGUGUAACUCUGAAGUCAUUGCGUUUGAUGCCGAUAUCGAUAACAUCGAUAUCGAAGAAGAUGAUGCCAGUGAGAGUGCGGAAGCCCUCACUGAAGACAAUGAUGCCAGUGAGAGUGCGGAAGCCCUCACUGAAGAAAAGGUUGUUGUUGCUGCAGUGCGCUCACAGCACACUGAAGCUAACGAGUCAUCAGAUGAGUUCAUACUGGCUCGUGAAACGGUAGUCCGUUUUGUGCAAGACUCCAUCGCCGAAGCGGUGGAUAAGCAAAAGCAAAACGCUGACAAGAAUGGAAGGGCAAACACUCUUUUUAUUUAA